CUGAACCAAUCAAAUCCAGUUUUGGUCGUGAUAAUCAGGUCAAUUAGCUGCUGCUAGAAGCAAGCCGUUAAUUUACGCCAUCAAUCCAUGUACAAAUUCUUGUAGAUACUUGCCCACAUAAUGCGGGUGGAGUUCAAAAUUGACAAAAUUUUCACCCCUAUCGUCUACAUUACAUUGUAUUUUAUUUAAAUCGUCGUUUUUAGGUUAUAUAGCAAUGUUAGCAGAUCGUUAUCUGUUCCGACCGUGUCAAGCUUUUUGGCUGCUUCGUAAACUCUUUAAACGUCCAACCGGCAUUAUUAUAGUGUGCUUUACACAAACCAUAAACAUCAGAAUAAUAAACCGGUUAUCGCAUCAAUUCUAAACUCGAGUGCCCGUUAUUAUCUAUCAGUUUGUUGAAAAUAUUCUGUUAGGAAUGUUCAUCUUUUUGAAAGCUUUUCCGUUCUAUUACCUUAUGAUUGCUGCCGUAGCCAGUCUACAGGUGUCUCACGAAGGCUACAAAUUGUACCAUGUUCGACCCGAAACACGUGCCCAACUGGAAUUACUAGGCGCUCGACAGGAAGUCGAUUUUUGGAGUCAACCUCGACUUAGUCGUUGGUCGUCGGUGAUGGUAAGCCCGAACGAAGAGGAUAGUUUUCUUGCAUUCUUGAGACUACACAACAUCACCUAUGAGCUGCUUAAUCACGAUGUACAAAGUCUAAUUGGCAAGGAACGCGUGGAGCAACAACAGAAGUUACGCAGAAAAAGGGAUACAAACGGAAGGCAUAAGUCUGUGCAAUUCGAUCAUUUCUGGGAGCUAGAGGAAAUAUACGAGUACCUGGAUUAUUUGGCGAAGCUGUACCCGGACAAGGUGCGUGUGAAAAACUACGGUACAACCUAUGAGGGCCGGCCAAUUAAGGUCAUCACUGUUUCCAACAAAGGCGAGGUUAAACAAAACCGUCCAAUUGUUUUGAUCGACGGAGGAAUCCAUGCUCGUGAGUGGGCGGGUCACAUGUCAGUUGUGUAUCUGAUCCAUCAAUUGGUUGAAAACUCUUCGGCGAAUACCAACCUGUUAAACAAUACCGAUUGGGUAAUAAUGCCAGUUGCUAACCCAGAUGGGUACGUCUAUACACACCGGAUAAAUCGUUUGUGGCGAAAGAACCGAGCUCCGGCGAAUUCCCUUUGUCAAGGUGUUGAUUUGAACAGAAAUUUUCCGUUUCGUUGGUCGUUCAACGGCGGGGAAUGCAGUAACGGAUACGCAGGUUCCACGCCUGCUUCGGAGCUAGAAACGCGCGCUCUUAUGCUACUAAUGGCAAAUUACGCUACAGCUACCAAAGUUUAUCUGGCGGUACACUCAUGCGGUGACUACAUUCUAUACCCGUAUGGGUAUGAUUACGUGCUCGCACCAAAUGCUGCUGAAUUGCAGGAACUGGGCGAAAAGGCAGCACGUGCUGUCGAAGCGAUUGGCGGACCUAAGUAUGGGGUGGGUAGUGCUUCCUUCCUGGUUUAUCCGGCCAACGGCAGCGACGAUUUUAUGUACGGUAGCGUUGGUGUAAAUUUCUCGUUCACACUUGAGUUAUCUUGUGGUGCCUUUGGCGAUGGGUUUAUAAUUGAUUCAAACGAAACGCAGAAGAUCACGAAAGAAGCGUUCGAAAUGUUUAAAAUUUUUGGAGUGUUUGCGGGAAGCCAAGUUAUCGAAGGUAUAUUUGGGUGCGUCGUCCGUUUAAGCAAGAUGAAAUUUUGUCUACUCCUGGUGUGUUUUGCCAUUCUGGCUUACGCAAAUUCCACAAAAGUCUCUUACGCUGAAUACCAGCUGUAUUUGGUGCGUCCGGAAACACGCGAGCAGCUGGGAAAGUUACGUGAUUUAGCAGAAAAAGAUGAUUAUGACUUUUGGGACAUGCCACGUUUGAAGCGCGAUGCACGAGUAAUGGUCAGCCACUAUGACGAGAGCAGAUUUGAACAGUUCUUAGAACGAAACGACAUACACUAUGAUCUAGUUAUGGACAACGUUCAACAAAUUUUAGAUAAACAGCGGAAAUCGAACUUGGAAUACCGUGAACGAGUUAAGCGAGAGUCAAGUCCACGAGCCACCGUUGAUUUCGAUCAUUAUUGGACACUGGAGGAGAUUUAUCAAUACAUGGAGGAGUUGGGAGCAAAUUAUGAAACGGUUGAAGUUUUUGAGGUCGGCAGAACACAAGAGAACAGGCCUAUUAUGGGGCUCUCCAUUACGAACGGAGGGGAGGUUUCCAUGGAACGUCCGGUGGUUUUAAUGGAUGCUGGAAUACAUGCUCGUGAAUGGGUCGGAGUGAUGUCGGUGAUGUAUAUGAUUCAUCAAUUCGUCGAAAAUUCGGAAGAGUACAGUGCGCAACUUGAGAAGACAGAUUAUGUAAUCGUUCCGGUGUUAAAUCCCGAUGGGUACGUCUAUACACACGAGGUUAAUCGUCUUUGGAGAAAGAAUCGCACGCAAAACAAUCUGCUUUGUGCAGGAGUUGAUCUAAAUCGCAAUUUUCCUUUUCAAUGGAGAUUCACCAGUAAUGCUUGUACGAAUACCUAUGCCGGAAUGUCGGAAGGAUCAGAACUAGAAACAGUUGCAAUGAUGGGAUUAUUUAGUCAAUAUAAAGACGCGUUGACUAUGUACAUUGCUGUCCACACUUCCGGCGAAAUGAUUUUGUGGCCUUGGGGAUAUGAGCUGGACAAUUACUGUGAUAACUGGGAAGAGCAUGAUGACCUUGGAAAGCAAGCAGCGGCAGCUAUUAUGAGUGUAGGUGGAAGUGAAUGGACAGUUGGAAAUGCUGCUGAUAUUCUGUAUGCGGCUUCUGGAGCAACCGACGAUUACGGAAAAUACAGUGGAGCCAGGUUGGCAUACACUAUAGAGCUUACCGGUGGAGGUGUAGAGGGAUUCGAUUUACCUGAAGCUCAGCUGGGAAAAGCAGUCGUAGAUGCAAUGGAGAUUUAUAAGACCUUUGGGGCCUACGUAGGAACGCUACCGAUACCAACCGCGGAUGAGUAGAGGUGUUGAAAGUAUCAAUAGAAUAAAAACAUUAAACCUAGCAA